GUGCCCCCCGGGCGCGAUGGCUAGCGGCAGCGCUGGGAAGCCCACUGGCGAGGCGGCUUCUCCGGCUCCAGCGAGCGCCGUCGGCGGGGCUUGCUCCCAGCCCCGGAAGAGGCUGGUGUCUGUCUGCGACCACUGCAAGGGCAAGAUGCAGCUGGUGGCCGACCUGCUGCUGCUGUCGAGCGAGGCGCGGCCCGUGCUCUUCGAGGGCCCCGCCUCCGCUUGUGCCGGCGCCGAGUCCUUCGAGCAGUGCCGGGACACCAUCAUCGCGCGCACCAAGGGGCUCUCCAUACUCACCCACGACGUGCAGAGCCAGCUCAACAUGGGCCGCUUCGGGGAAGCGGGGGACAGCCUGGUGGAGCUGGGCGACCUGGUGGUGUCCUUGACCGAGUGCUCCGCCCACGCGGCCUAUCUGGCGGCUGUGGCCACGCCGGGCGCGCAGCCCGCGCAGCCGGGCCUGGUGGACCGCUACCGCGUGACACGCUGCCGCCACGAGGUGGAGCAGGGCUGCGCAGUGCUGCGCGCCACCCCGCUGGCCGACCUGACCCCGCAGCUGCUGCUGGAGGUGUCGCAGGGCCUGUCCCGCAACCUCAAGUUCCUGACGGACGCGUGCGCCCUGGCCAGCGACAAGUCCCGGGACCGCUUUUCGCGGGAGCAGUUCAAGCUGGGCGUCAAGUGCAUGAGCACGAGCGCGUCCGCGCUGCUGGCCUGCGUGCGCGAGGUGAAGGCGGCGCCCAGCGAGCUGGCGCGGAGCCGCUGCGCGCUCUUCAGCGGGCCGUUGGUGCAGGCGGUUGGCGCACUGGUGGGGUUCGCCACCGAGCCGCAGUUCCUGGGUCGCGCGGCGGUCGUGAGCGCCGAGGGCAAGGCGGUGCAGACCGCCAUCCUCGGCGGCGCCAUGAGUGUGGUGUCGGCUUGUGUGCUCCUGACCCAGUGCCUCAGGGAUCUGGCGCAGCACCCCGACGGGGGCGCCAAGAUGUCGGACCACAGGGAGAGGCUGAGGAACUCGGCCUGCGCCGUGUCUGAAGGCUGCACCCUGCUAUCUCAGGCUUUAAGGGAGAGGUCUUCGCCCAGGACUUUACCGCCAGUGAAUUCCAAUUCUGUGAAUUAGCACCCUCCCACCCUCAUCCCAUUCUUCCACCCCCCCAGGCUAAAGGAAGAUACUUAUUCUCUGCCCCUCUCCAUUUAUACCAAAGAAAUCAAAAGUGAACUCCCCCACCCCAUGUUAAAUGCUCGAGAGGAAUCUUCCAGAAGGCAGGGCCAUGCAGACCAUUUACACACGCACUCGCACUCGGAGGGCCCCCUGUGCCCAGCAGCCCACAGCAGAAGAUGGAAGAUGUGUCAUCUGCUGGUUGCGGUAUCACCCCUACCCCCUACCCCGGCUCCUCUUCUGCAAUUCCUCUACUAAGUUUUAUUAUUAAUUGGGCAGGAAGGAGGUCAUGGGUUCAUUUCUUUUUUGGUCUUUCCCCCCCACCUAAUUAAGAGAAAGGUUACCUCAGUUUUCACUCCUUAGACAUGGAUGUAGCUACCUUUUUUGUAUGUUGUUAUUUUUUUAAGCAGUCGUGGUGGGUUAGGCGUAUACUUGGUGUGGAAAGAGUAUGACUUUGCCAUGUGAUUUGCAAAUGGGGGGAAAAGCUACUGUGAGUGUGUGUUUUAUUUUUUAAUUUACACUAUAGAAUGAUUCCCCCCCCCCAUGUCAAGUUUUUACCUUGCAUGUACUGGAGUAUUUAUUUCAUCUAUUAAUAAAAUGUUAUGUUUCUCAGAUGGC